UUAUCCCUUAUUCAAAUGAUGGUUAUAAAGAGGAAAUCUCAACUGCUUCUUCAUCUUAAACAAACAAGUUCCUCCCCCAAAGUUUAAGUAAAUACCACUCGAAAACAUUACCCAUUUUGACACUGUUGGUUUUUAAAAAGGGUCAGGACAAUGACAGGGCUUGGCUCUUCAUGUGGCGCAUGCAAGUUCCUGAGGAGGAAGUGCACCAGUGACUGUGUUUUCGCUCCUUAUUUCUGCUACGACCAGGCCUCGACCCAUUUCGCGGCCGUUCACAAGGUGUUUGGCGCAAGCAAUGUGUCCAAACUGCUGCUGCACCUGCCGGUGCACACCCGAAGCGAUGCUGCGAUCACCAUUUCUUAUGAAGCCCUGGCCAGGAUGGGUGAUCCCGUCUAUGGCUGCGUGGCUCACAUUUUUGCACUCCAAGAGCAGGUGGCUAAUCUGCAGGAGGAAAUAGAGAAUCUAGGGACCCAAAUGGCCAACCUUGGAGUUGGGGUUCCCAGUUGGAGAAAUUCAUUUGUUCCUGAUAACUCCUGCGAUUCUGGACCACACUUCUCGGAGAAUGAUGCCAUGGACAUGCAAUUCUAUCUGAACCAUCUGCAGGACCCACUUCUUCCUCAGGCAGAAGCUGCAACGACCACCAACCUCCAGACCUUGGAAAGCUCAAUGAACCAACAGUUCCCCCCUUUCUAUGGUUGGGAGGAUCAGAAUCCGUUUUGUGACAACUGCCCAAAUCUUCUGGAGAGACUUUUUGAAGGUGUGGACCGUGAGGUCUUCAGCAGUUGUCCAUGGCUGAACAGUGGAAACGGUUUAGGAAAGUGAAGUCCCAAGAAGGUUCUAAGCUUUUUGAACUGUGGCAGUCUAUACAGUUGUCGCAUGGCCAUCGGCUUCCUCUGGGCUCCAAGGGGCGGAGCCAAUUUUGGAGUGGGAUGUGAUGAUUUCGGUGAAAAUGAGAUUUUUUUGCUCUGUUUAA